AUGGUUGAUGAAGCAAUGCUCGUUUGGGAGGAGUUGAUGAAAGGCCAUGAUGCUUGUUAUCGAGAUGCAGUAACUUACGGUGUUCUUAUCCAUGUAUUGUGCGAGAAAGGUUUUAUCGGCAAGGCUUUGCAGAUCUUUAAUGAAGCUGUAGGAGUUGCUAAGGAUGCUGAUGUUCCCUACUUCAAAGGUGACAACUAUAACCUUUGGGCUUUGAUGAUGAAGACCCUGUUUAGAUCAAAGGAUCUAUGGAAAUUAGUUGAGAAAGGGUUCAGUGAAGAAGGAGAUGCAACUAGAAUCAAUGAAAGUCUCAAGAAGGAUGCCAAGGCCAUGUAUCUAAUCCAGCGAGCCCUUGAUCCUAGAAUACUGCAAGGUGAGAGUGUCCAUGACUUUGUAAGCAGGGUCCUGGACAUAGUAUAUCAACUCAGAGCAUUGAAACAAGAACUUCCUCAAAAAACAGUUGUCUCUAAAAUUCUCAGAAGCCUAACUCCCAGAUUUUCACAAGCAGUUCAUUCAAUUAUUGAAGCGAAAGACCUGAACACUCUAAUUGUUAAGCAACUAAGUGGUUCACUGAAGAACCAUGAAGCAAUACUUAAUAUAGAAGGUAUUCACCUUGAAGGAGAAAAGGCUUUGCACGCUGGUCGUGGCUUUCAGCAUCACUUUGAUGGUCCCAACAAAGGUGGAAGAGGACGAGGUGGCCACCCUCUCAAAGGAAGGGGAUGCAGGUGUGGCAGAAGUAUCGAAGUUGGCCGUAUAGAGCCUAGUCGUGGAGGAGAGCCCAGCAAGCAUUACAACAGUGUGCAGUGUUUUAUUUGCAAGAAAUUCGGUCAUGUUAAAUCUCAAUGUUGGUACAGAAACAAAGAAGCUAAUGUUACAAAAGAUGAGAAAGAGUAA